CUCACACCUUCUCCGGGGUCAAAUUUCUCGGGCAGACCAGAGCUGCCUCUUCGGGGAGAACCGAGCGGAGCCCAGUCCUGCUCUUUGGAUUUACAAACAUUGCUUUUUCCUCUUCUUCUUCUUCCUGCGGCCUGCUGCGCCUCGGCCGUUCUACCGGGAUGACGCCGCUGCGGCUCUGAUGAGAUCCGGACACAGAUUUGGGUCUUGAGGCCGCAGAGACACCGAGGAAAAACGCGGCAAGCGAGCACAUCUGCAGUCCGGCUCAGCAUGAACCUCAUCGGGGGCUACCAGCAUCACCACCACCUGAUGCACGAGCCCUUCCCGUUCGUCCAGCGGUGCCACCAGGACGCGCCCUACUUCCAGAGCUGGGUGGUCAACCACGGCGAGGUGCCCCCGGACUUCCAGAUCCAGGCGCCCUACCCGGCCGCGGAGCUCGGCGCAGGGAGCGACGCACGAAGGCCGGCUGGAGGGCUGCAGGCCGGGAUGGGGAAGCGGAGGGCGUCGGGGCCGAAGAAGGAGCGCCGCAGGACGGAGAGCAUCAACACGGCGUUCGCAGAGCUGCGGGAGUGCAUCCCCAACGUCCCGGCGGACACCAAGCUGUCCAAAAUCAAAACUUUACGUCUGGCGACGAGUUACAUCGCGUAUCUGAUGGACGUGCUGGCCAAAGACUCCGGAGAGACUGAAGGCUUUAAGGCCGAGAUUAAGAAAUUUGAAAACCGGGAUUUGAAAAGGAAGCGGGAGCUGCUGGUAAGUCAGGAGGCUGCGGGACCUCAUUUAAACUUAACUUUAGUGGAGAUUAGAAAACAAAAUCGCGACUAG